GUUUUGGGCGACUCAUCGCAGUUCCUGCCAACUUCUCUUUCUCACCCUUUUUUGCCCUCCUGUCUCCCCUGAAUUUGGACUCAACUCAUUUUUCUGCCUCCAGUCUGGACUUUUUGGCCCUGGUGUUAUGGUGAUAGUCAGCUCGGUGUGGGCUGCCCUUAGGAGGGGUCUCGCGGUUAUUCGGGGAGGGAGGGGGGCGUUAUUUGGAAAAUGGCGCCUGUUGUUACCGGGUAAGUGUUUAUAUUAUAGCGUAAAUUGUUGCUUUUUAAGAAAAGCAAAAUUGGUUUACUAUAACUUGAUUCUCCCAGACAUGAGCAGGACUGUGAGGCAAAGAGGGUUUCAAACAAAGUUCUGGUGGCAGUCUAGUUGCUUUUGGACCUGCCACAUUUGGACGCACGGUGUCAAAACUGUCAUCAAGUUUUUCUCUGAAUGCCAGCGUACUUUUCUUUUACUUCAAGACACGAACGAUAGAUUGUGCCUGCAUGGAUAUUUACUGAGGUUCCAUCCAUCCAUCCAUCCAUCCAUUCUCUUUACAGCUUAUCCUCCGCCAGGUACCUUCGCGUAAAAUACAGUAACUGGUUUCCUAUUUACAGUAGACUAAUGAAAACACAACGUUUACAGUUUAAUCCGUAUUUUAUGUAAAUUAAAGCUUAGCCUUUUACUUUGACAAGCGUUUGCGUGAUUCCCUGAACGUAUUUUUAACAGAAUAUUAAUUAUAGUACUAAUAUUAAUUGUCACUACAUGCAUUGUAAGUCCAUUCAUAGACUUCGCAAUGUAUAUUAUGAAGUCUAUGGUUUAUUAACUCGUUGGUUGACGGCAAUAGACGCCCAGUCCAUUUAAACAAGGAAGGUUGGCAGCGAAUUAACCAAUGCCUACUAUAUAGUACAAACUUAUUUCAAUUCACAGCAGGAGAAUAACGAUGGUAGAUGUCCAACUCAUCAGAACCAGAUGUUUUGGACAUCUAUCAUUGUCAGUGGCACUGAAAGAGUUUUAAAAAAAAAAAUCUUCUUUGGUCCUGAUAUUCUUUUUUUGUUUUGUAGGAAGUUUGGCGAUCUGUGUCAACCUCAACGUUUAACAAGGGAGGCAAUGAGGACCUAUUUGAAGGAAAAAGAUGAUCAAACGGUCCUCAUUCUGCAUGCGAAAGUGGCACAAAAGUCUUAUGGCAAUGAGAAAAGGUUUUUCUGCCCUCCGCCAUGCAUUUAUCUGUUGGGCAGCGGUUGGAAGAAGAAACUGGAGAAGAUGCAGAAGGAGGGCUGCACAGAGCAGGAGGCCCAACCCUGUGCCUUUAUUGGGAUUGGCAACAGUGAAGUGGAGAUGCAACAACUGAACUUGGAGGGGAAGAACUUUUGCGCUGCUAAGACCUUAUACAUCAGUGACACAGAUAAAAGGAAACACUUCAUGUUGUCUGUAAAGAUGCUGUAUGGCAAUAGCGCCGAUAUUGGCCUCUUCCUCAGCAAGAGAAUCAAAGUAAUCUCCAAGCCUUCCAAGAAGAAGCAGUCCUUGAAAAAUGCAGACUUAUGUAUUGCAUCGGGAACAAAGGUAGCCUUAUUUAACCGCCUACGAUCACAAACAGUCAGCACCAGGUAUCUUCAUGUGGAGGGUGGAAACUUUCAUGCUAGUUCUCUCCAGUGGGGGGCCUUCUACAUCCACCUCUUGGACGAUGACGAAUCUGAAGGGGAGGAGUUUGCUGUGCGAGAUGGUUACAUUCAUUAUGGCCAGACGGUGAAACUGGUGUGCUCCGUCACUGGCAUGGCACUCCCCAGACUGGUCAUCCGCAAAGUUGACAAGCAGGCAGCAUUGUGGGAUGCAGACGAUCCGGUGUCGCAGCUUCACAAGUGUGCUUUCUAUCUGAAAGACACAGAACGGAUGUACCUCUGCCUCUCACAGGAUAGAAUAAUUCAGUACCAGGCUGCACCAUGUGUCAAAGAAGCAAACAAAGAAGUCAUUAACGAUGGCGCUUGCUGGACCAUAAUCAGCACCGAUAAGGCUGAGUAUACAUUCUAUGAGGGUAUGGGCCCCGUCAACUCUCCAGUCACCCCUGUACCCGUAGUAGAAAGCCUGCAGUUAAAUGGUGGAGGGGAUGUGGCCAUGUUAGAGCUCACUGGACAUAACUUCACUCCCAACCUUCGAGUGUGGUUUGGAGAUGUGGAGGCUGAUACCAUGUACAGAUGCGGCGAGAGCAUCCUAUGUGUGGUUCCUGACAUUUCGGCUUUCAGAGAGGGCUGGCGCUGGGUCAGGCAGCCGGUGCAAGUCCCUGUCACGCUGGUUCGUAAUGACGGAAUCAUCUAUGCCACUUCCCUCACUUUCACCUACACUUCGGAACCAGGGCCCCGCCCCCACUGCAGUGUUGCGGAGGCCAUACUGAGGACACACAGCACCUCCUCCUCAUCAUCCUCAGCAUCCCAGACUUGUUCAUCUUCAACUUCUUCCUCACUGAGCGCAUUCACAAAUGUCCAGGGGGUUUACAGCAGUCAUGACUCAGGCAUGUCAGUGUUGUCAUAGUGACACUCAUGGCGAGCAUGUUAUUUUUAAACUCGUACAAUGUAUACUCAUUGUGCGUUUCGGUGGAGGACCUUUGAGAACACUUGCCUGAAGAGAAGUGUGAAUGGUGAAUGGGUGUUCACUUGUACAGUGCUUUUCUACCUUCAAGAUACUCACAGUGUUAUGCACUGUCCCAUUCACCUACUGGUGCCGCGUCGUUAGCAACGGGAGCUUCCACAUCGUCACAAGGGCAAAUUCCAACUGACAACCUCUUUGUUGCAUCAUGACUCCUUUACCAACUGAGCUGCGCUGUCCCAUGAGGUGGCUGCAGAAUGAUUGAACUCCAUCCAGUGAGCUAUUGUGGAUAUAUUACAAGUCCUAUGGAUGUUGAACUAACUCUAAUGACAUUUACCCUACAGCAGUAGGUCAUCUUUGAUUUGUUGUGGGCAAGGAACUUAUGCUGUCCUUUUUCAUUCUUUCUUUUGGUGAUACAGUAGACAUUUGUCUUUACAGUAAAAGCUCCUCGGUUUUGGAGUUUACGUUCCAGUCCCACCACAAUACGUGAAAAUGCAUGAAACAUAAAUACCCUAUUUUAAUAUAGAAUUUUUUAAAAUAAUGUUUACGGUACGUAAUUUUUAAAAGGGUGUUUUUUUUUUAAUUAAGUAAAGCUGUUUUUUUUUUUUUUUUUAUAGCCGGUAAUUAACAAAAUUAUUACAAAAGUCUUCACAAAUACAGUUGACAUUGAAAUAUCUAAUACAGUAUUGUGAAUUUUUUUAUGAAUAAAUAUUAAUUGUAAAAUAGUAAUAAUUAUAACAUCAAUGAUUAAUGUAAAUAAUUAAAAUUCUUCUUAUUAUUAUUAUUAAUUAAACUUCAGAAGGGAGCAUCAAUGGAAGGGAUCCUAUUUCAGUAUGAUCAAGCUGUGAUGCAUGCCAACCCUAACAAUACAGUUUAAACUUGUGUUUUCCAAACUUUAUUUAGAAUUAAUUCAAAUAAAAUGUAUAAAUAAAUGGGGGUAGGGGGCACAAAACCAGGACUGCAAAAAUUAAACCGGCACAGAGCUGGGGCUUACUGUAUUAUGCACCCUAAGCCUACGUAUUAGUUUAAAGCUUUUGCUGGGGUACAGUUUAAAAUCGCUU